AUGUCGAAACUACAGACCCCCAUCCGGAAGAACGACAACGUGGUCGUGAUCACGGGAAAGGACCGGGGGAAGCGCGGGCGCGUCCUGCGGCUGGUACCGGCCAAGAACCGGUUGAUCGUCGAGGGCGUGAACAUGGUGAAACGCCAUACUCGCCCGAACCCGAGGCAGAACGUCAAGGGGGGCGUCGUCGAGCACGAGGCGGCCCUGCAUGCGUCGAACGUGCAGCUCAUCUGUCCGGAUUGCGGCGCGCCGACGCGGAUCGGACGGCGCCUGCUCGGUGACGGUCGCAAGGUUCGGAUUUGCCGCAAGUGCGACGGGGUCGUGGAUCGAUGA